CCAGUUCGGCGGUGAGGAAGGAGCAACGUUCAUUUCUGGAAGGGGCUAGCUAGCCGCAUUCAGAGCCUUACCGACACCAAGGCACCCCCCGAGCCCAUUCCAACCUCCUGAGAGCCGUCGCCUAUCCCGCGCCCGCAAGCAACAAUCGUCGCGCAAUCCGCUGCCACGCCCCAUCGCAGCCGCCGCUCUGCACUCGCCGCUAGACCGACGCCCUUGGGCAAGCAAGGCUCGACGCCUCCGCUCCUUUACCUUCAGGCCUGCUCUGCGCGCUCUGGCAACGCCUUCCGCCGCAACCAGGCACGUCGCACCAUCUCGCCGACAGACAACACAUCAUCGCACCUCGCUCCUAACGCCGUCCAGGCCGUGACGCCCUCUCCCUUCGACACUCCGACGCACCCGAACACGCCCCACCUCACCGCUGCCCAAGAUGAUGGCCGCGGCACCCUACGAGCUCCGCACCGGCGGCGAUGGCAAGAGCAAGAAGCAGAGCAUGGCCGAGCUCAAGCUGCGCCGCCUGACCGAGCUGAACCAGCGCCUGCGAGAGGACCUGGAGCGCCGCCGGAUACCCGUCUCGGAAGCCGCGAUAGAUCUCAUUGCAUUCACGGACAAGGAACCCAAAGACUGGAUGGUGCCGUCGCGAUGGGGAACAAUUGACAAGCGCGACGACCCUUACGCUCCGCAACAAAGCAACGGCUGCUGCAUCGUAAUGUAAAUCGACGAGAAAGAGUUGGGGGUGUCAUGUUAAGCAAUGGCGUUCGUGCGGGGCCUCUGACGGCAAAGUCUUUCAUAUACCUCUAGGUCGCGGUGAUAAUACCCAUGGUAGACGUCCUGGGACCAUUUUGGACGGACCAUGUACUUUCAGCAAUGUGUAAAUUACGGAAAAGAGAGCACCGUCUGCCUUUGCAGCGCGGUAGGGAUUUCAGGUGUGUGUUUAGUCGGCCAUUCUGCCUUGCCAGGUAUUUCGAUUAUGAGAUAAAAAGCAGUUCCUAAUCGCACUCGCACUCGCCCUCUUUUUUUGGUCCAAAUGCCGUCUCACUGGUCUUCCUAUGAUCGCUCCUGGGCUAGUCUAGCUACUCCAAUUGUGCAAUUCAGAAGGCAGAGCGGUUUACCGGAGC